AUGGGGGACAUGGCAUCCAGCCUUCUCUCCAUGCACACUACUGACGAGUGGCUAGUUGAUGCCCUAGAAUCACCUGAGCUGCGGGGGGUAGCUCCCAAGGAGUAUGAUCAUGAUAUUGUGGGCUGUGGCACCGAUCCUCUUCCUCCCACUGCCAUUCCAGGUGGAGGCAUGAUUACCUAUAAAGCAAUCCUGAGCUUACUUUCUACACAGCAGAAGUUUGUUCCCAACUUUACCUGUGAUCUAAAGAAAACAUUUAUUGCUGCUAUUGGAGAUCGUUUGACAGAGACCUCAUUCAACAUUGCCACAGUCCUUGCCAACUACAAGAUUCCACAGAGACUUUGGGACAUACAGAGUCUCUAUGGUGCUCUAUCAUUUGCAGUUCGCUCAAAAGAGCCCCCUGGAUUCCAAGAAUUUGUUCACACGGUAAGACCAUAUUGGGCAAAAGAAGACAAUUUCAUUCAGAAUUUUUGGGAGCAGGCAUUUGACUGUCCAUUACACAUUUCUAGUAUAAAUGAAGAUAACAAGUUGCUGCUAUCAAAGUCUGUGUUAUCUGCUGAUACCCAUGUGUAUUGGUUUCCUUGUUCUCUGCCAAAAAUGUAUCAGCAAAUCCUUGCUUUGGUGUUUGCUGUCAAGGAGAUCAAUGGGAACCCUGAGCUCUUACCAAACAUCACAUUGGGUUUCCACAUUGUGAACAACUAUUUUCCUGCAAGGAUUACUUAUAAAGCAACUCUGAGCUUACUUUCUACACAGCAGAAGUUUGUCCCCAACUUUACCUGUGAUUUAAAGAAAAUAUUUAUUGCUGCUAUUGGAGGACGUUUGACAGAGACCUCUUUCAACAUGGCCACAGUCCUCGCCAACUACAAGACUCCACAGCUUGCCUAUGGAACAUUUUCUUCAGUAGAUAGUGAGAAAAAUCUAUUUCCAUCCUUGUACCAGAUGGUUCCAAAUGAAAUGCGUCAGUACACCGGGGUUAUUCAAUUACUUCAGCAUUUUGGAUGGAAUUGGAUUGGUAUCUUGGCUGUGGAUGAUGACUAUGGGGACAUGUUUUUGCAGAAAAUUGAACCAUUGCUUUCCCAAAACAGCAUUUGUUAUGCUUUCAUACUUAGAACACCACCAAAGGCAUAUUUAGAUGAAUAUAUACACUUGAUGUCAAUGGAGUUAAGAUAUGAUCAACUCUUUAUGGAUGAUAAAGUCAAAGUGUGUUUAAUCUAUGCUCUAAGUCCAGCCAUGCAAAAUCUGAGAAUGAUCAUUGUUGUAGCAUCUUGGACUUCACUGCCGCCUUUGAGUAAAGUGUGGAUUGUUACUUCCCAUUGGAAUUUUGAAUCAUUGUCCAUUCAGAGAGUUUGGGAUAUACAGAGUCUCUAUGGUGCCCUAUCAUUCACAGUUCAUUCAAAAGAUCCCCCUGGAUUCCAAGAAUUUCUUAAGAGUGUAAGACCAUAUUGGGCAAAAGAAGACAAUUUCAUUCAGAAUUUUUGGGAGCAGGCAUUUGUCUGCCCAUUACACAUUUCCAGUAUAAAUGAAGAUAACAGUGUAUUUUGCACUGGGGAUGAGAAGUUAGAGAGUCUGCCGAGUAUAUUAUUUGAAAUGAGCAUGAACGGACAUAGUUGCAACAUUUACAAUGCAGUCCAUGUUAUGGCACAUUCUUUGGAUGUCUUACUCAAGUCCAGAUCCAAAUAUAGAAAUGUUAUAGGAACAGAACAAGUAAUAUAUCAGGAUUUAAAACCAUGGCAGGUGCUUCCUAUUUCUGUGUGCAAUGACCACUGCUAUCCAGGCUCCAGCAGAAAGAAGAAGAAAGGAGAGAAAUUUUGUUGCUAUGAUUGUGUGAACUGUUCAGAAGGACAGAUCUCUGAUGAAAUAGAUAUGGAUGCCUGCAGGAAAUGUCCAGAAAAUGAAUAUCCCAACAACAUCCAAAAUAAAUGUAUUCCCAAAGUGUUGACCUAUCUCUCUUAUAACGAACCUUUAGGAAUCCUCUUUGUUACUGUGGCUAUUGUUUUCUUUUUGAUUACAGUCCUUGUGCUUGGUAUAUUUUGGAUGCAUCAAGAGACUCCAAUUGUCAAAGCCAACAACUGGAGCCUCACUUGUAUCCUCCUCCUUUCUCUUCUACUCUGUUUCCUCUGUUCCUUCCUCUUCAUGGGGAGACCUGAACAAAUAACUUGUCUUCUCCGACAAACAACAUUUGCCAUUAUCUUCUCAGUGGCCCUUUCAUCUGUAUUGGCAAAAACCAUGACCGUGAUUCUGGCAUUUAUGGCAACUAAACCAGGAUCUGGGUUGAGGAAAUGGGUAGGAAAAGGACUGUCCAAUUCUAUUGUCCUUUCAGGUUCUUUCAUCCAGGUGGCUAUUUGCACUGUUUGGCUGAGUACAUCACCUCCUUUCCCAGAUACAGACCUGCAUUCACUGAAGGGAGAAAUCAUAAUGGAAUGCAAUGAAGGCUCAGUGAUCAUGUUUUACUGUGUCCUGGGUUACAUGGGCUUCCUGGCUAGUGUCAGCUUUAACAUUGCUUUCCAAGCCAGGAAGCUUCCCAGCAGUUUCAAUGAGGCCAAGUUCAUCACUUUCAGCAUGUUGGUCUUUUGCAGCGUUUGGCUGACAUUUGUUCCAACCUACCUAAGCAGCAAAGGGAAAUACAUGGUAGCUGUGGAGAUCUUCUCUAUCUUAUCCUCCAGUGCUGGUUUACUGGGGUGUAUAUUUUCCCCCAAAUGCUACAUCAUUAUAUUGAGACCUGAUAUGAACAAGAAGGAAUGCUUAAUAAGGAAGCAAUAG